UUACACUGUCAGGAGCAUCCUUGCCUAACCUCUCGUCCCAAGCGCAUCUGAAUCCAGAACAUAAGAGCAGAGGAACGGAAUAGCUUGGAAGCAGUGACUUUAAAAUAAAACAAUAGUUUUAACUUGGUAAAGGAGUAACAUAUCAUAGACAUUGUUAUAGCUGUAUCAUAAUACCUUAUUGAAAGUCAGAGUAAAGUGUAAAUCAUUUUAACAAUUUGUCUGCACACUAUGUGGCGGCUGCUGUGCGUGCUGUUGGUGUUCCUGGCUUGCUGUUUUGUCCAAACAAACGCAGAGACAACAUGCGGGACCAGGCAGUUCCUGUGUGGGAACGGGAAGUGCAUUACAUUGAGAUGGGUGUGUGACGACACAGAUGACUGUGGAGAUGGCACUGACGAGCUCCCCGGAACCUGCUUGGCCAGAACUUGCAGACCCACAGAGUUUAGCUGUGGUGGCCGUCUGAACCAGUGUGUUCCCAGUACCUGGCUCUGUGACGGCAAAGCAGACUGUGAGAAUGGUGCUGAUGAGGAAAGCUGUGCGCCCAAGCACUGCACAGAUAACGAGUUCCGCUGCAGUAACGGCCUGUGUGUUUCGGCCUCCUUUGUGUGUGAUGAGGAGUUGGACUGUGAUGAUGGGAGCGACGAGGUUUCCUGCCCACCCGCCACCUGUAGCUCCACCUCCUUCCAGUGCAACAACUCUGUGUGUGUGCCGCGCCUGUGGGCCUGCGACGGAGACGCCGACUGCUCGGAUGGCUCCGACGAGUGGCCACAGAACUGUGGGACGCGGGCCCCUGAGGGUGCCGCCAAGCCCUGCUCCUCUCAGGAGUUCCACUGUGGCAGCGGGGAGUGUAUCCACAGCAGCUGGAAAUGUGACGGAGGGUUCGACUGCCUGGAUCGCUCUGACGAGACCAACUGUAGCCGCCUCACCUGCCGCCCCGAUGAGUUCCAAUGUGGUGAUGGCACCUGUAUCCACGGCGGCCGCCAAUGUAACCGCCAGUACGACUGCAGAGACUUGAGUGACGAAAUAGGCUGUGUCAUUGUGAGCCAUUGCAAGGGCCCCACCAGGUUUAAGUGCCGUAGUGGGGAGUGCAUCAGCAUGGAGAAGGUGUGUGACAAGCAGCGCGACUGCAGGGACUGGUCAGAUGAGCCUCUCAGAGAGUGUGACUCCAACGAGUGCCUGUACAACAAUGGCGGCUGCUCACACAUCUGCAAUGACCUGAAGAUCGGCUAUGAGUGCCAAUGCCCCACCGGUUACUACCUGACGGACAAGAAACGCUGUGAAGAUAUCGAUGAGUGUGCCAGCCCAGACAUCUGCAGCCAGAUCUGUGUCAAUCACAUGGGCAGCUACAAGUGCGAAUGUGAGGAGGGCUACCAGGUCGACCCAGCCACCAAAGCCUGCAAGGCCAUCGGCACUGUAGCCUAUCUGUUCUUCACCAAUCGCCAUGAGGUGAGGAAGAUGACACUGGACAAGAGUGAGUACACCCGUGUCAUCCCCCGCCUGAAGAACGCAGUGGCUCUGGACAUGAACAUGGUUGCCAAGGAGAUUUACUGGUCUGACAUCUCCCAGAAGAAGAUCUACUGCACCUCCAUGGACUUGGCUGCAGACACAGCUCAGCACAGAGUUGUGAUUGGCAGCGACAUCGAGGCUCCUGAAGGCAUCGCCUUUGACUGGGUCCACGGCAACAUCUACUGGACCGACAGUAUCCGCAGCAGCAUCUCUGUGUCAACCGCCAAUGGGAGCCGCCGCAAGACUCUCUUCCAGAAUGACCUGGCCAAGCCCCGCGCUAUCGUGGUCGACCCCCACAGCAACUUCAUGUACUGGACUGACUGGGGAACUCCAGCCAAGAUUGAGAAGGGAGGUCUGAACGGAGGAGACCGUGCUGCUCUGGUCACAGACGACAUUGUGUGGCCCAAUGGAAUCACCCUUGACCUGCUGAACCAGCGGCUGUACUGGGUGGACUCCAAGCUGCACACCCUCUCCAGUAUUGACGUCCAGGGUGGCGGCCGAAGGACACUCAUUAUAGAUGAACACAGGCUAGCCCAUCCCCUAGGCAUCACUGUGUUUGAGGAAAGAGUGUUUUGGACAGAUGUCAGCAAUAAUGCCAUUCUGAGUGCCAACCGUGUGACGGGCAGGGACAUCAAGCCUGUGGCAGAGCACCUGGCAUCCCCAGAGGACAUUGUGUUGUACCACAACCUCAAACAGCCAACUGGCAGGGACUGGUGCAAGGUGGCCAACGGAGGCUGUGAGUUCAUGUGUCUGGCAGCCCCCCAGGUGGGCAUACAUUCCCCCAAGUACACCUGUGCAUGCCCUGACAACAUGCUGCUGGCCAAAGACAUGAGGAAAUGUGUACCAGCUGCACCAACACCUGCAGCUCCAGUCAAGCCCAAUGUUCCCGCCACCAACCCCCCACCCCCACCGGCACCCGCCCGCACCUCCCCUGCACCUCCAGCCCGUGCCACCACUAAGGCCCCCAUCAUCACUACCACAGUUACACCUGCACCUCCCCGCACUACCAAGCCUGUGCCACGCAACCCCCAGCCUGCCCAGCCAGAUAGACCCAGGAUCCCCCAGGCCCAUACUACCACUGUGCCUCAAGUUACCACUCAGGACAUCCGCCAUGAAUUUUCUGCUCUACCCACAGUCCCUUCAACCCCUGCAGCUUUAUACAUCGCACUGCCUAUAGCCAUUGUGUGUCUGGUGGCCUUUGGUGCCGUGCUGCUGUGGAGGAACUACAGGCUGAAGAACACUAACACCAUUCACUUUGAAAACCCAGUCUACCAGAAGACCACUGAAGACCAGGUGCACAUAUGCAGGAGCCACAGUCCAGAUGGCUACUCCUACCCACCGAGACAGAUUGUGAGUCUUGAUGAUGAGGCUUGACAGUCGUACUGACGUUCCCUGCCAACACAAACGCUUUAAGAGGAAAGAGCAGAGGAGUAAGAGAGACAUGUUAUAUAAGCUACCUGGACAAACUUUUUUUUGUUUUUUGUUUUUUUACCUCACAACCUCAAAGACAUAAGAAGCCAGAGAAAGUGUCAUACCGCUGACCAAAUCACUGUGUGCUCAAAGACAAAUGGAACCUCUGGAAAGAAAAGCAGGAAAAGGAGGAAGAUUUCCCAUCCAGACUUUCUUGCCAAUUUGUGCACAAUCCAGAGCCAUAAGAGACCAUCAACUCAUCUCCACCAUGCUUGGGUUUUAUUGGCCCAUUAUACACCAUAGCAUUUUUUCUCAGAGACAAUUUGUCUGAACUGUGAAAUAUCUUACAAAUGGAGGACUCUCCAGAAGUUAAACCACAUUAUGAAAGAACAGUAAUGUAAUUGUAAUAUUUGAGUGUUUUGUGAAGAAGUGCCCUUGAUAUAUGAGGUGACUGCAACUUUAUUGAACACCACUUAGAAAUGAGAAAGUUCUCUCUUUCUUGCUACGUAGAAUUCAGAAAUGAGGUAUUGUAAAUAACGUAGGUAUUUAUUUCACUUAUGACCGAGACUGACAAAAUGUUGAGAAAUAAUGAGCGGAUCAUAUCUUGCACUAUGUCUAGACUAAUUUAUUUGUUCCUGAAUUGUUUUAAUAACAAAAUUGGACUUAAACUAACACCUGAGCCACUUGUUGAAAUGAAUCCCUUUGAUAGUGAA